CAUAAAUUUCACAAAAAUAGGCAGCAGAUCUUCAAGAACUCGCGCUACUUAGCACUUUUAGUGUCGCUUAUUAGCAUCUGACGUAUGAAAUCAUAAAAUAUGAAUAAGCAAACAUGAUAAACGGAAAUGAAUUAUAUAGUAGAUUCGAUAUGACCUGCUAUCGAGAGCUAGAAUCGGUGGGCAGGGUAGCCACACCACACAGCAUUUAUUUUGUUUCAAGAGGCGCUACAAAAGACGAAGCCAACGAUUAUUGGCAUUUGGUUAUGCUUAUUAGAUUUUCGUGGCUUGCGUUUUGGCCCGUUGUUUACCACAUAUAAAUUGGAAAAGACCAGCUGGUCGGAUUGGCAGUACGGUGGCAAACUUUAAACCUCGCGGACGUCGAACCUUCGCAGUGACUGUGACUGAACCUUUUUACAUCGGAUCGGAAUAUUGUUACAAAAUCGAUCAUAAGUCCCCAAGUGUCUAAUUUGAAUUAGUGUCAGUGCGAAAACAUAAAGCCGAAAAAUAUGCGACAUUUUCUCAUCUGCCUGGCGUUUUUCGCCCUGAUUUGGGUGGAGGUCGAUGCGCGGCUGGUGAGGGUUCGCCGGAUCCGGAGAUUGGUGGGUGGUGACGAGCGCGAUGCCCAGAUAACCGACUUCCGGGUUUCACCUUCGGAUGACGAGGGCGUGUUCAAGUACGCCUUCAAAACCAGCAAUGGCAUUGAUGUCCAGGCGGCGGGAUCUCCCCUGGAGACCAUUGGCAUCUUUAGCUACACCUCGCCCGAGGGCGUUAACAUCGAGACCCGCUACAUAGCCGAUGAGCUGGGAUUCCACGUGGUGGGCCGACAUCUGCCCAAGCCUCCGCCAACCCCCGACUAUAUCCUGCGAUCCUUGGAGUACAUACGCACCCACACCGAAGACGGCAAGCUGAAGAACCCGAAUUUCUUCUGAAGUUCCUGAUCGAGCAAAUUCAUCAUCAAUUUGGAUGCAAGUGUCCAAGAAGAAGGCUGAACAUUCCAUAGCAUGUACUAAUCACCGACUAACUAUAAUACCAUAAGAGUCAAGACCUACAAUAAGUUGUUGCUAGUUGUUGUAAGCUCUCCGAAAUGCGCAAAUGUUUAUCAUCCAAAUCAUGCACAAAACCUUGGGGCUGUUCUGCCUGGGUUAUAAAUCAAUCCAUCCAUUGAUUCUUUCGCGGCGUGAAUUUAUGGUCUUUGCGACCAUAAAGAGCAAACAAAGGCACGCCCAAACACAAAAUGUUGGGUGACCCCAACGAAUUCUAGCUUGUUAUCCCAUUAACUGCUAACAGCUUUAUUUGUCUGUGUGUCUGAUUAAUAUUUACGUCUAUUCUCAGAUAUGGAAAUUUGAAAACUGGAUGGAAAUGAGUCGCGGUUCUGUUUGGCGACCUUUCGAUGACUUAAUAAAAUAAGCGGAAAUUUCUUUCCGGGUAACAACCCACCUCCAAAAAAAAAAACGACGGGGAGCAUUUGCCAAUUUUCGAAACAAGUUCGGCUCGCUCGAAUUUAAAAACGUCCUAACACAUAUUUUGUAAGCGAAUUAAAGCAUGCGAAUUGCGAAAACACUAGUUAAACCUCUUUUUUUCAGCUGGAAGCCUAAAAGUAUAGUGUGUUAAACGUGAGUUUCUUAUUUCAGGCUGUAAAUAAAUACGAAUUAUGUAAUUUA